AUGGUUAAUGGCCUUACUUUCUAUUCGUACGUGUUUUUAACAGCAUUUUGUAUUCAUAUCGUUGCUGUUCUGGGAAAUAAUGAUGAAGAUUUAAGAGAUUACUUUUUGUCGUUCCUAAGUGUUACUGAGCGUACAGAGCAGUAUCUUUCACUAAGGUUGCUUGAUCUUUUGGAAUACUAUCAGCGUCAUUUAGAAGGUCAUCUCCGCAUUAUUGUUGCAUUUAUUCAAGUUCUAGAUGAACCUAAUAAUCAGGCAGGUGAAAUAUUUAUGGAGAGCUUGCAGCAGUUAGUGUCCAUAGUAAGUGGGCAGUUGAGAAGAAUAGAGGACCUGUCAGCAUUCGAAGAAAGCUCCAGAAACAUUAACACACAUGUUCCACUAUUACUACAAACUGACGGCAGGCCAAAGUAUUUUAUACCCAAGGAACAAAGUGAACGACUUCACUCGUAUGGACUGGCGUGGACGGAUAUUGCAAAUAUCCUUCAUGUAAGUGAACGAAAACUGUAUAGGAGGAGACAAGAGUAUGGGAUUCUUGGGAAAUACUCCAGAAUAUCAGACUCUGAAUUAGAUAGUGUAAUUAUAAACAUACUUAAUAGUACACCAAAUGCUGGUGAAAAAUUAGUAAUUGGUAGUUUAAGAAGUCGAAAUAUACAUUUGCAAAGAUGGCGUAUAAGGGAUAGGUUAAAUGUGCUUGAUCCUAUAGGAAGGGCAGUUAGAAGAAAUAAUGCCAUACAUCGCCGUACAUACAAUGUACAGGAAGCGAAUCACUUAUGGCAUAUUGAUACCAAUCACAAGUUGAUUUCAUGGCGUUUUGUGAUUUUUGGAUGUGUGCACAUGGCAGCUACUUCACUGGAAUUUUUUCAAAAUGGUGUUCGAAAAUUUGGGUUACCGUUACGUGUGCGGGGAGACCAUGGUGUGGAAAGCUAUGAUGUAGCUUGCUAUAUGAUAUCUUCACGUGUCAAAGAAUAG